AUGUACGUGUUGGUUUUUGGGGGCGGUUUUAGUAAUGAUGUACCAGACCCGCCAACAGACGUACAGUUAGUGAUCUGCGACGGCAGGGUGGCCCAACUUCAAUGGGAACUCCCAGCAGAGAACAACUCGCCAGUCAGACAGUUCAUCAUCCAGACAAAUUCCUCAUUCAAGCCAGACGUCUGGGAAACUUUGAAAUCACAGCUGCCCCGAAACCGCACCCACCAGCGAGUCACACUAUCGCCCUGGGGCAACUACACUUUCAGAAUUCUGGCCGAAAAUGCCGUAGGGCUGAGUAAGCCAAGCAUGGUGACAAAAGAAAUCUGCACGACCGAAGCCGAAGUUCCAAGAAUGAAUCCGCAAGGUGUCUGCAGUGUCAACCACAGUCCAAACACACUACUCAUCAAGUGGCAGCCAAUACCGUUAGAGGAGCAAAACGGACCGGGAUUCAAAUAUCAGGUAAGUUGGAUGCGGUAUGACAGCAAGGACAGCAUCCAGGAAUCAACAGUUAACGCCAGCACCAACACAUUGCUGGUCUCAGGGGUUUUCAUCUUCACCCUCUAUGAUGUUCACGUGACCUCUAUCAACGAGAUGGGCCCUGCCAUGUCACCACAAAAAUCCUACCUCCUCUACUCCAGCGAGGCUGGUUAG